AUGUCUCAAACCGUUACUCAGGUCAUCUUCUUCCGCGUCAAACCUUCCGUCAAGCCCGAAGACCCGUCCAGCGAAGAAGGCGAGACUCUAAUGAGGUUCUUCCACACGAACCAACACCAAAGCGGUCAUGAGCACUCAUCCUGGGGACGCACAUCCGAAGACGAAGACACCAUCGUCUGGGUUAUAGACUGGAGCGACCCCCGCAGUGCAAUAGACAUCCAACUCCUCGACCCGUUCCUGGCCCCAGAGAAUCCUCAGCCGCCGUCAUCACUCCGCGUCACGUUCAUCCCACCACUCUCCAUCACAGAAACACUAACCAAAAACCCCGUUACUGAGCUGUGCAUGCUGUCAUUCCCAAGCGACCUCGAAGUGCCAGCAGUAAAGCAGAUCAACACGGACUUGAUCAACUUCCGCACCGCGCUGGUCGAGCAGCUGCCACAGUCAGCGGGGCCACGGUCGUGGUCGAUGGGGCGUGUCGAACGGCCAAGUAAGCUGCCGCACGAGAAGAGUCCGAGUGGGGAAGCUUUCGCGCACCUCCUCACUGUUGGCUGGGAAAGUAUAGAGGCGCAUCUCAAAGCCAAGGAGUCAGAUAAGUUUGUUCAGAGCAUUGCGCCUCUGAGGGAGAAGAUGCUGCCGCCUAUUCCUGGGUUGGAGAUGAGACACGUUAGUUUUCAAAAGAUUGAGGGUUAG